GUCAUCCUGUUCCUGAUCAUGUUGGUCAUGCGCAAACGUGUCGCUCUCACCAUUGCCUUGUUCCACGUGGCUGGCAAGGUCUUCAUUCACUUGCCACUGCUGGUCUUCCAGCCCUUUUGGACUUUCUUCGCUCUUGUCUUGUUUUGGGUUUACUGGAUCAUGACACUUCUUUUUCUUGGCACUACCGGCAGUGCUGUUCAGAACGACCAAGGCUUUGUGGAGUUCAAAAUUUCUGGGCCUCUGCAGUACAUGUGGUGGUACCAUGUGGUGGGCCUGAUUUGGAUCAGUGAAUUUAUUCUAGCAUGUCAGCAGAUGACUGUGGCAGGAGCUGUGGUAACAUACUAUUUUACUAGGGAUAAAAGGAAUUUGCCAUUUACACCUAUUUUGGCAUCAGUGAAUCGUCUUAUUCGUUAUCACCUUGGUACGGUGGCAAAAGGAUCUUUCAUUAUCACAUUAGUCAAAAUUCCGCGAAUGAUCCUUAUGUACAUUCACAGUCAGCUCAAAGGAAAGGAAAAUGCUUGUGCACGAUGUGUGCUGAAAUCUUGCAUUUGUUGCCUUUGGUGUCUUGAAAAGUGCCUAAAUUAUUUAAAUCAGGUAAAAUAUUUUAAAAAUAAAUCUAACAUUCACUUUCAAACAUAG